AUGAAUUAUGAGUUUAAUAGAUUCUCUUUAGCAGAAAGACGUAUAUUCCUUGCUCAUUAUCAGACAAUCACUUAUUCCCAAACCUCGUGUGGGGCUAAUCGUUUUCAUUUACCAUCUCAUGGAAAACCCUUUUCGUUCCGCUUAGCCCUAUCGGGUAUUUUAGUGAUAGGUUCUAUAGGAACUGGACAAUCCUAUUUGGUCAAAUACCUAACGAAAAAUUCCUAUUUUCCUUUCAUUAAGGUACGAGGGCUUCUUAUUCCACAAGAACGAAAGCACCUUUUCAUUCUUUCAUAUACUAGGGGUUUUUACUUGGAAAAGACAAUGUUCCAUACUAAAGGAUUCGGGUCCAUAACCACGAGUUCCAGUGCACUAGAUCUUGUAGCACUUAGCAACGAGGCCCUAUCCAUUAGUAUUCCACAUAAGAAAUCCAUUAUAGAAACUAAUACAAUUAGAUUAGCUCUUCAUAGACAAACUUAUUACUGCAAUGCAAUCUCGACAUGUGGAGUGGAAGAGAAGAGGAUUUUAGCUUCCAAUACCGGAUUGAUAGCUGUGAGUGGAAGGAUGGAUGUCCUAACACGAACGGAGUCAGGUUUACUCCACAAGUGCCGAUACCUCUGCCCUCGAAUGCGGAAGUUGAUUGUGUUUGUAUCAUAUCAAGCCCUGCUCUUGUUUCUAUAUCGAUAA